GACUUUUUCAUAACUUUUGUCGAGAAAACUCUUUCGAUAUUUAAUUUCGUUUCGUUUUUCUCAUUUAUAUAACGAAUUUGUGAUUUUUGUUCAUCAUCAAUGUCAUCAAAAUAUUUUUGUUGAUUUUUUCUUAACUUAUUUCGGACAAAUCUCACCUUUAUAUUAUUUUCUGAAAAUUUUCUCUGUUUUUUUGGAUUUCUUGUUUUUCUUUGUUUGUUUGUCUUUCAAACUUUCAUAAUCAAAUCAGCUACAAAUGUCUCAAUCUCCACUUUAUCAUCGUAUCACGCAAAAAAUUCUGGUCAUUGGACCAUCAGGUUGUGGUAAAACAAAUUUAAUAACAUCAAUAUUAAGCCGUACAAAUUGUCCAUAUCAAUAUCAUUGUCAACAACAACAACAAUCAAUGAAUGGCCGCAAUGGCGAUUGUGGUGUUAAUUGCGAAAAACAUAAUGAAACAACAACAACAACAGCCGAUACAAACAAUAUUAUAAAACAAUGUUAUUAUUCACAAACAGUACAAUUUCGUGAAAUUGAAAUACAAUUAAAAGUAUUUGAACGUACCUGUAAUGGACAAUUGGAUCGUUCAACAAUACAACCAUAUUAUCAUCGUUUAGAUGCUAUAAUUGGUGUUUAUGAUUUAUUAAAUUAUCAACAAUCAUUUAAUCAGAUGCGUAUGGCAUUAGAUUCAAUAUUAGCAUUGUAUAAUAACGAUAAUGGUAAUGGUAAUGGUAAUCAACGACCAACAGUAUUCGUCUUGGGUAAUGUUGGUGAUAAUUAUCGUCGUUGUCGUCAAUAUCGUAAUCCAUAUGAUGAAGUUAAAGAAUAUGUAAAUAAAAUUGGUGCAAUACAAUUAUUUAAUUAUUGUUAUUCAACACAACAUAUAAAAGCAUUUCAUCAUGUAUUUAUGUUAAAUAUUUAUCGACAACAUUUUCGUCAACAAUUAACGGAUAAAUUUGAAAAAGCUAUAGAAAAUUGUCGUAAACAUGUUUAUAAUGUUGAUAAAUCAUCAUCAUGUUCAUCAUCGGAAUAUUAUCAUUAUUAUCAUCAACAUUCCGAAUCAACAUUAACAAAUCUUAAGAAUUUAUUUAAAAGAAUAAAAAUUCCGCAUCAUUUUCCACAUCACCAUCAUCAUCAUUAUCAUCAAAAUAAUCAUCAUCAUAAUCGUCAUUCAAAUGAUCAAUAUCAUCAUGGUGCUAUACAGGCACAGGCCAUGUGAAUUGCAUUUUAAAAAAUUU